AUGUCUGCUUUGUUGAUCAAAGUGAAAGUUAAAUUCGACGAUGGUGCGUUGGACUCAUUCGACCGUUUUAAUGCGAUGGUUUGUGAUGAUGAAGAAAAGGCAUUUCGAAUAAUUUUCAUGUUGACCACCUUUUCGAACCCUUUUUUAAUUCGAUUCAAUAAAAAAAAAGAAGAAUGGAAAGCAGCUCGAAGUCGAUGGGUUAAUUACAAUUUAUGGAAGAGAAUUCAAUUACCACAGAGGGAAAUGUUUAGUGACUACACCAAAAUUAUGAGGUUUGCAUGA